CCAUCACACCCUCCACUCACUCUCUCACUUCACAGAGUCACAGUGACCGACACUCUCCCUACCUAAGCUAGCUAGCCAGCCGAAGCCAAGCUCCCACGCCAUGGCGGCCACCAGAAUCCCGCUCAUCCUCCUCCUCGCAAUCGCCACCAUUGCGGCGGCGGCCGACCUGUCCGUGUACCACAACGUGCACCCACCGUCCAGCUCCCCGCUGGAGUCCAUCAUCGCGCUGGCCCGCGAGGACGACGCGCGCCUCCUCUUCCUCUCCUCCAAGGCGGCCUCCACGGGGGUCUCCUCGGCGCCGGUCGCGUCGGGCCAGAGCCCGCCGUCCUACGUGGUCCGGGCCGGGCUAGGGUCCCCGGCCCAGCCCAUCCUCCUCGCCCUCGACACCAGCGCGGACGCCACCUGGGCGCACUGCUCCCCGUGCGGCACGUGCCCCAGCAGCGGCAGCCUCUUCGCCCCGGCCAACUCCACCUCCUACGCCCCCCUCCCUUGCUCCUCCACCAUGUGCACGGUCCUCCAGGGCCAGCCCUGCCCGGCCCAGGACCCCUACGACAGCUCGGCCCCGCUGCCCAUGUGCGCCUUCACCAAACCUUUCGCCGACGCCUCCUUCCAGGCCUCCCUUGCCAGCGACUGGCUGCACCUGGGCAAGGACGCCAUCCCCAACUACGCCUUCGGGUGCGUCAGCGCCGUGUCCGGGCCGACGGCCAACCUCCCGAAGCAGGGGCUCCUGGGCCUGGGCCGCGGGCCCAUGGCUUUGCUAUCCCAGGUCGGGAACAUGUACAACGGCGUCUUCUCCUACUGCCUGCCCAGCUACAAGUCCUACUACUUCUCCGGCUCGCUCCGCCUCGGCGCCGCCGGCCAGCCCAGGGGCGUGCGGUACACGCCGAUGCUUAAGAACCCAAACCGCUCUUCGCUCUACUACGUGAACGUGACGGGCCUCAGCGUGGGCCGGGCCCCUGUCAAAGUGCCGGCGGGCUCGUUCGCGUUCGACCCGGCCACGGGGGCCGGCACGGUGGUGGACUCCGGCACGGUGAUCACCCGGUGGACGCCGCCCGUGUACGCGGCGCUGCGGGAGGAGUUCAGGCGCCACGUGGCGGCGCCGAGCGGGUACACGUCGCUGGGCGCGUUCGACACGUGCUUCAACACGGACGAGGUGGCGGCCGGCGUGGCGCCCGCCGUGACGGUCCACAUGGACGGCGGCCUCGACCUGGCGCUGCCGAUGGAGAACACGCUCAUCCACAGCAGCGCCACGCCGCUGGCGUGCCUGGCCAUGGCCGAGGCGCCGCAGAACGUCAACGCCGUCGUCAACGUCCUCGCCAACCUGCAGCAGCAGAACCUCAGGGUCGUCUUCGACGUCGCCAACUCCCGCGUCGGCUUCGCGAGGGAGUCCUGCAACUAAUCGGUCAUCUACCCCGGCUUGUGCAAUAAGGGGACGUGAUUAAGUGGCAUAUCGAAUUAAGUUCGUGACGGGUGUGUUCUGUGUGUGUGUUUCGUACGUGUCGAUAGGACUCGCUAGGGACCGGAUUACUCGGAACUAUUACUGCUGUACUGUGUGAGAUUUGUCAUUGUCUGUUGCAUUGGUUGAUUUGCAGGUGUUCGAUCACGACUUGAAAUGAAAUGAAGAAAGUUACCGUGCAGAUACA